CGCGCAUGCGCAGGGCCCGGGCCCCGCCGGGGGUGGCGGCGGCUGCGGCUGACGGCAGCGCGGCCCGGGGAGGGUGGCGGGGCCAUGGCCGCCGCGCCGCCGGGGCGGGAGCUGUGCCCGCACUGCCGCAGGCCCUUCAAGCGGCUCCGCGCCCACCUCCCGCAUUGCAAGGCCGCGCCGAGCCCGGCCCCCGGCAGUGCCCCGCGGCCCGGCCCAAGCCUAGGCCCAGGCGCUGGGGCCUCCACGCCCGGCGGCGGAGCCGGCCCCGGGGCGGGCAGUGGGCCGCGGGCGGCAGCGGCCGGUAAGAGCAGCAAGCGGCCGGCCGGCCCCAGCGUAGGGCUGCCCGCUGCGGCCCCCCGGGAGGCGGCGGCCCGGAAGGGGAAGGCGGCGGCGGCCGAGCGGGGUGGGGGGCCCGGCCCUGAGCCUCGCCGCCAGCCCGGUGGGCGCGGCGCGGCGCGGCAGGCGGAUCCCGCGGUGCAGCGCGGAGCCGGUUGCCUUGGUUUGCUCCCCGAGGGGAUUAAAGAUCCACCUGAAACGCUGAGAAAUGGGCUGAGAAUAGUCACAGAGAAGCAGCGCGCCGGGGUGACCGGGGAGAGGAGCGGGGGCACUGCCGCCGGGAGGCACUGCACACACUGCGCCCCGGCGGAAGGGCCGGAUCCAGGCAGGCUCCAGCAGGAGGGAAUAACGGUUGCAGAAACCACACACAGAGAGACGCACAGCCAUGGAGCUGUGGAGAACGUGUCUGCCAGCAAAAAGGGAGAAAAAGGCCGUAGUUUAAAAGCAACAAAAGCCCACGUACUUCGAGAUCCCCCUGAAACUGACUGCAGAAGUGGCCCUGGUGACCUCAUUCAGCAGGAGGGAACAGACAAAACAGUGACAGAAGAGAAGCAGGUGUGCCAAGAAGUUGAUGUGGAACAUAAAGCCCCUCUUCCUGCUUUGCAUACCAAGAACCUCCAUCUGUUAUUGACAGAGCAAUUCAGAGGUCACGAUGAAGGGACGUCCAACAAUUACCUAACCAGCAUACAAAAGCAUAGAGAGCGCAAGAAGCAGAUGGCUGUAGUUUCUGAGCCCAUCCUGAAUGCAAGGAGGGACUCUGAGCUGGCACUCCCGCAGUUCUUGCUCCACACCUCCAAAAGCCAACCCAUCUGUCCAUCCCAGGCCUCUGGCAGGAAUGUGCAGGCAGGUGCCAUGGGCUUGGAGUGGUUUCCAGACUUACAUCCUAAUUAUGAUGGGCUGAGCAUUUUUCCAGGGAAGCCUUUCCAAGAAGGCAGGAGGAUCACAGUGAAGACACCAAAGGGCAAUUUUGCAGAGGGACAGCAAGGUCCCCUCUCAGAAAGGCAUCUGAUGGAUGUAAGGCUGGGGGAGCUGCCCAUGUGGCUGGCCACCUGCAACUUUUCUCCCCAGGGGCUGCUUGGAGGAGUGCAGAAAGCCUGGAGCAGCUAUUACAACAGAUACAUCAACAUGAAGAGGGGUGGACCAGUUGGGAUCUCCAUGCUGCUGGCUGGAUACUGCCUCCUCAGCUAUGGCUGGAACUAUCAGCACAUCAAAGGUCGUCGCUGGCGUAAAUACCACUGAAAGAAGCUGAAACAGCACCCAAGGAACCAUCACCAGUGUUUGACUGUUGAGUCAUCAGAAGUGCUCAGAACCGGUACCCCAACAGGGAUUCAAAUAAGCAAAGGCCCAUUUACUGUCAGAGACAGGUUAUGUAGUUGAGGGCUGCUCUUCAGUUACCCUCCUGUAGAUGCCGACAGUAACAGCCUGUGGUUACUGCUUUGUUCAGGCAACACUUUGUACUGAAAGAGGUGUUGAGAGCCACCCAUCCAAGGUCUGGAUGUAGUAGAGUUGCUAUAGCAUGCAGAACCCAGAUCUCUGGCUUUGGGACAACACAAUCUAUAUUAACAGCACAGGUCAAGGAGCUGUCCUGUUAACUGACACAUAUGUUGUAGUCAGAGUGUUUGGCAGUACAGUUUGUGAUGGGUUGUGGCUUCAGCCCUUUAAGUUAGCAGAGUUGUACCAGGCACAGCCCACCUUUUACUUACCCUUCUCCACAGGGAGCGGGAUGGGGUUUGCUGCCAGCUGGCAGGAGAAGGGUGGUUUCUGCAAGGCCUUUCCACAAAGGACACCCAGCCCCCCGCUUUGCCGUCAGCAUGGCGCUAGUGGGACUGCUGAGGCUCUGAGGGAGGGACCUUUGUGAAGGCAUGAAAGCAGCAGCACUGAGACCACAGCGCCCUAUUUCUGGAGGAAUAAAAGUCCAUUGGAUUAGCUGUUGUGCCCAAAGGGCAAACCGAUGUCUGCAUCAGACAAAUGAGGACAGUUAUGAGAGUGCUAGUUGUAGCCUGCCAUCACCAAACAUGUCUGGAAAAGGAUUGGUCAUGUGACAGGCAUGAAGGGUAAAAGAAAAAAAGCCAAGAAGCCUGAACUGUUUAUUCAAAGAGCAGUGCAGUAGUACUGUGUCAGAGGUGUUUCACCAAAAACUCCCUCUCACCAGCAGUAAAAACCUUUGUGAGUUUUCCUUU